AUGCCUCAAGUGAAUAAUAAAUUUAAGUUCAAAAUUUCACAAUCGAUGUUAUGCCUUUCGACUGACACAAUUCCAAAAAUUGAUGUCCCGUUCCCACCAAAACUUGAUCCUCGGGAAUGUAUCACACUCAAAAAAGAUGGAAAUAUACCGUUAAAAUCUCCAAAUUGUUUUAUUUUGUAUAGAUUAGCGUUUUAUAACGAACUUCGAGCUUCAGGAUUUAAUGCUAAACAAAAAGUUAUAUCCGAGAUGGUUUCACAGUCAUGGCAAAAAGAACCUUUAAAUGUAAAAAAAACUUACAAGGAACUCGCUCGUAAAGUCCAUUAUGAACUUAUCAAAAUGCGACGCCAUUUCUUGGGCUUAACAGAUGACAUUUCCCCUCCUAUUGAGACUUCAGAUUCAUCGAAAGAUAUCCCUUCUCACACUAUUCAACCAACGUGUUCGAACACAUCUCAAAAUAGUGAGGCAAAUCAAUAUCAAAAUAUAAGUACAAAUACGAAUGAUGACUCACCGCAAUUCAAACCAUUAGAAUAUGAGAGAGUUGAUUGUGAUACGAGUUUUCCAAUUUAUUGCGAUCCAAGUUUCUCAGCUGAUCCUAAUUCGUCAAUGUUCAUUGAUCCAAACUUGCAGAUUUUUAACACUCCGUUCUGUUUUGCAGAUGAAAACCAUUAUGAAUUCUUUGAAUUUUCGCCCUUUUCCUAUAAUUUUGAAAACCAUUCAUUCCAAGAACUACAAGAAAGGUAUCCGGAAGAUGAAACGGGGAAGUCAAAUAAUUCUCAGUGUCUUAGUGAAAUAUUGGAAGCUCAUGUCCCUUAUUUGACUAAUACAUAA